AUGUUCGCUAACGUCGCAAUGCCCGGCUCCCGCAUCAGCAUUCCGGGCGAUGACACGGGCUUCCUCGGAUUGAACAAGUCCUCGAUUGACACCGGCCAGGAGCACAGCCCCGACUACCAAGCGACUGGAGUGCUGCCGCUUGACGAGGCGCUCGAUAGCAAUCGCGCGCAGGCUCGCGCCCUCGCAGACGCGAUCAAGGCGCGUGCGGACGAGGUGUCGGCGGGACUCGACCCGCUGCAGCACCCCACCUCAUACACGGAGGCCCAGUGCUUUCCCACCGCGCUCAAAAACUGCAUCUUUGUGGGCCACACCAUGACGGACCUGGACUCGGUGGCGUCGGCGAUCGCCGCUGCCGAGCUCUUCGACGGCGUGGCGUGCUGCAGCGAGAAGGAGGUGAACGGCGAGAUCAGUUUUGCCUGCGACUUUGCCGGCUUCAAGCAGCUCCCGUUCAUCGAGGACAAGAUAGAGGACACGUGUGCAGGCAAGGUGCGCGGCAUUGUGCUGGUGGACCACAACGAGCCUGGCCAGAGCCCCGCGUGCAUCGGCAAGGUGGCGUUCCCAUCAGACCCCGCGUCCGUCGACCCCAAGACGACCAAGACAAUGCGCAGCCGCAUCUGCGGCGUCAUCGACCACCACGCGCUCUCGGCCAAUUUCGAGACCGCCGGCCCCUGCUUCAUCGACAUCCGGCCGUGGGGGUCGGCCUGCUCCAUUGUGGCGCAUUACUAUGUGCGGCUGGGGAAGCCGAUGCCAACCGAGGUGGCCAAGGUCCUGCUAUGCGGCAUUCUGUCCGACACCAUCAACCUCACCUCGCCGACCGUGACCGACGCCGACAAGCUGAUGGCGACGAUGCUCUGCUUCCUUGGCAAGGUGAACCAUCCCAACGUCCUCGCCCAGGACAUGUUCCGUGCCAAGACAAAGUGGUUUGUCUCGCUUGGGGCGUACGAGAUGAUCCGCGGCGACCAGAAGUCAUUCAAGGCGGGCGGGCUGACCUUUGGCUGGGCGACCAUUGAGGUGACGUCCGUGGACGAGGUGAUGAAGUCCGCCGGCGACCUGCUGCUCGAGCUCCGAGUACUAAAGAAGGACAAGGACUACGAUUUUGUCUUCCUCUCGGUGGUCGACAUCACAAAGAUGAACACGUGGCUUCUCCUUUGCGGCCACAAGGAGGUUGCGCUGGCGCGGGAGGCGUUCAAGAUCGACACGACCACCGCCGCGUGCAGUGCGGACCAGUUCUCAGAGCUGCACGCGAGUAUCAAGCUCAAGAUCGACGACACGCUGAUGGACAUCGGCAACCUGACUAGCCGCAAAACCCAGUUCGUGCCACCGGUCAUGGAUGUGCUCUCGCAGGGCUGGAAGCCGACCGAGGCGGUGACGAAGGCGGCUGAGGGGGAGGAGGCGCCAUGCGUGAAGGAGGACUCGGCGCCGUGCGUCAACCAGUGCUGCUCCUUCGACCGCGUCCUCGUCGAUAACACCGGCACCUCCGAGCGGGUCAGUCGGGGGAAAAUCGGGGUGUGCGGGAAGAUUGCACCCAGUGCUUAG